CGCUGUCAUGAUGAGCAGCGUUGCAGUCGUGUGACUUAACGAUCACCCGUGCUGCGGAGUGGUCAGGAAAUGGAUGGGGAUCCGACACCGCAGGGAGAUGAUAUUCUCAUAAAUGCCCUGAAAGAUUUGGUCCACAUUGUACAGAACUUAUUAGAAAAUGCAGAGAAAGAGAGCAGCAAAGGCUCUCUGGAAGAAUUUGUCUCAACUAAACUUGGCCCCUUGUUCGGAUUAAUUCCUGCAGGCGCAAAAUUUUUAAACAGCUUGUCUGUUAAGAAGAUGAGUGAAGCCGAGGACCUAUGGAAGAAUGCUUAUCACCGUGCUGAAGUGCGGGACCUCGUUGAAGAUUUAAUGCAGCUUGGGGAGAAAUGGGAUGCCUUCCUUGAGCAGCUAGACGUGGAGCUGCAGAUGAGCGACAGGCUGCUGGCCAGCAGCCCGCAGGCAGUCAGUCUGUGUGGAGAGAUGGUCCUUACUGAUGCCAGGAGUGGGGAGAGCGUGACCCUGGCUAAGUACCUGGGGAAAGGUGAAAACUUGCUCCUUGUCUUGCUCAGGCACUUUGCCUGACUACCGUGACGAGACCAUGUGACUGAGCUGGAGGCCAAUCAGGGUCUCCUGGAUGCUCAGUCACUGCGGGUGCUGGUGGUCUCGUCUGGAUGUCAGGAAGGGGCUGAUUACUGGCUGCAGGAUACAGGGUGCAAGUAUGACAUGCUGCUUGACCCACAGAAGAAGAUUUACAGUGCCUUUGGCCUGGGUGCAUCUUAUGCGAAAGUACUGAAAUUCAACAGCAUGCUUGAGUAUGGCGAAUAUACGGUGCAACAGAGAACCUUUCCUCAAGCACAGCCUAACAUCAUCAAAGACAUCUAUCAGUUGGGUGGUGACUUCGUCCUGGAUGAAGAAGGGAAAGUGAUCUAUUCUCACCCCAGCAAGAGCCCAAGGGACCGGCCUGCAGUGUCAGAGAUACUGGCGGCCAUUGCUGAGGGAAGUCACUCCUCCAACCCGUAACAUGCACUAGCCACAGAGGGGCGCUGCUGAUCCCACAACAGAUGGCUCUCCCCCAGCUUGUGUAUAUGAAGGCAGGGCUCAAAUUCACAUUCUCCUGAGGAACCUUGUUGGACAGGAACUCACAAGCUGAGGUUGACGGCUCCUCCUGUUCUGAGAUCAGUGCCAGUUGUUUGUUUUCGGCCGUGGCCUCGCCUUCUGUCUCACAUAUAGUGAUUUUUAGCUCUGAUGUGAUUUUUAACUGAUUAACCUAUGAUUUAAACAAAUUAACCUAACCUGAAUGUCUGCACUGUAGUAUUUACAUUUCCUUUGCUCUCAUUUAAUUGAUAGAAUGCUUUUGUCCCUGGUAAAAGCUGUUUUUACUAGCUCAGUGCUACUGAAUCAUUUUAUAUACGUAAAAUGAAGAAACAUAAUUGCAAUGAUAUAUAAUAUAUAUAUAAAAUCUGAAAAUGUUUUUGCUAUACUGUCCAUUUAAAUGCCUAGAGUCUUAAGCAGGAAAUCAGAGAUCUUGCCAAUCUAUGUACUGUAAUUCUGUUUAACAGGUACUGUAGAUGACCUGAGUACUGUUGAAUCAUUUACCACAGGAAUUGUACCGUUUACCACUAAGAAGUGUAAUGGGAAUGCAACUGGAUUGAAUUCUUAUUUUUUGUAAUUUAAUUUUGCUGUA